UGACUUCCAAUCAGAUCUCAACUCGAGUUAUUCCCCUCAGGGUACAAACCCCGAUACAGAUUUGACUCAAAACUACAAAUCCUUCGCCUUCCUUGCACUUGGAUUCCAAGAUUUUGGUUGCACUGGAGCUAAAGUUGCUCCGCGCAUUUCCACGCCUAUACUCUUGAAUCCUAAGGACAGUCUUAGUUGUACAGAGCCCUAUCAAAUAUUAACAGAACUUCGGCUGUAAAAGUCUACUGGAAAGAGCAAGGAAUUGUGCAUAAAGAAGCAUACAAACAACACUGAACACAAUGCCACGGGCUUUUCUCGUCAGGACCAAGCCUGCAUUUACUGACACUGAGUUGGUGAAAGGGAAGGAAAAGCAGACGAAGGAAAAGCAGACGAAGGAAGUGAUACACACAGAGACCAAGAAUGGAUUCACGGAUUUGGAGAAAUCUCGUCAAAUCCAUGGCAAGAGUCCCGAACAAUUCCAUUCAUCUUACUGCACUGAUUCAAAGCAGAAACUUAACUCAGACAAUGACAGUGAUUCUUCUGAUGGCCUGGUACAGUCCGGCAGGGAAAGCGUGGAAUCGGACGAAGGAUCGAGGAAAGUGGGGCAGCCUGCUCAUGUCAAGAGAGAAGCGAAGGAUGAUAAAAGGAGUGACAUACUAAGGAACCUUGAGAGGAAGGUAGAAUCAUCAAGCGAGGACUCAGUGGAAAGUGAGGAAUCCUACAAAGACAAGCACUCAUGGAGAGCAGAGUUUGCGUCUGAAUUCUUUAUGCAAAGGAUGCCAAGCGAGUCAAGAGAUGCACUUUUUCGUCCAAUCCCCAGUGGUCCUCUAGUCUCCCCACCGUUAUGGCCUUACCCAGCAUGCAACAGUGGCAGGCCAGAAAACUUCUCCCGCUGGAUGCAACAUUGGGCCGAGGCUCGCCGGGUUAUUAGUCCUUUUCGGUUAUACGAUUCUUUUCCGGGCGCUUCCCGAAGUGAGGCCGAGAGCACCUUGCUGGCUCGGAUGAGGCAAUCGCAAGUGAGCGAAACGCAGGAAAGGCAACCUAUGAAGACAUGGCUUCGCGCUUCCGACAGCAACCACAAGAGCAGCAAGAAGAAGAUCUUUACUUGCUCAAUCUGCGAGAAGAUCUUCAGUAACUCCAUUAGCCUCAAGCAGCACAUGAUCGUCCACUCGAAUCGAAAGCCUUUUCAGUGUAACGUGUGCGAGAAAGCAUUCAAGAGGUCCUCCACCCUCUCCACCCACAUGCUCAUCCAUUCCGAUACAAGACCAUUUGAGUGUGAGUUCUGCGGCAAGAAAUUCCACCAAAAGUCAGACAUGAAGAAACACACGUAUACGCACACCGGGGAGAAGCCGCACACAUGCUCAUUCUGCGGCAAGUCAUUCAGCCAGUCGUCGAACCUGAUCACUCACUGCCGGAAGCACAAGGGAUUCAAGCCCUUCUCGUGUGAAGAUUGCGGGGUGGCCUUCUUCCGCAAGAUUGACCUCAGGAGGCAUUUGUAUACACACAACCUGACCGAUUAGGUAUCAGACAUAUCAUGGACUCAAUUGAGGCAAUUGUACAUACACAAUCGAUUAGCUAUAAUGUUUAACAUAGAAUUAUCCUUACGCCUCGAGCAAACAGAGAGGAGAUUUGAUGAGAGUCAUGAGAGUCCCAACUCUCACUAACGUUAGACCAUGCACUCUCACGCACACUCUCCGACUUUUGUUUACUUUGAAAAUGCUCAACUGAUGACAUGAGAGUGGUUUGAUCGCGUGAAUGAGGGAUAAUAAGUUUAUUUCGAUCAACAUAGUCAGCAACACAUAAGGGCGCUUGUAUCGUUCUGAAAGUUGAGUCAAGUGGAAAAGUACACACAAAUUGCAACUUAUAUUUCUAUAAUAAUAUCAUCAUGUUAAUAAUACGUUUUGGUUUAUUUCAUAUGCAUGAAGUGUAAUCACAAAUAAUAAAAUGUAUUUAUAAAUCAGGUUAAAUGUAUUUAUACUAAACUGUAACAUUAAAUGUAUUAAUGGUAAGAGAAUAAAGAGAUUGAAUGCUUUUA